AUGUAUACCCUAAAGACAACCCCAAACCACAACACCACCAGGUACAGGCGCUUGGCUGCAUCUGAGCGUCCCCCUGAGCUCUCGGUCAGGCAGCGCGGAGGAAAGGGCGAGUCUGUCUCUGAUGCCAAACGAAAACGCUGGAUGCAGAUCCAAGCCGCUUAUGACACGCUCAUGAACCCACGGCGCCGUGGGCUCUACGACCGCAACAACCCCAGCACAGCGGAAACUACCUCAAGCCAGGGACAGUCAGAUGAAAGUCCUUCAGGAAGCCUGCAAGAGCAGCUGCCGGCCACAUUGGAUAUGGAAGACGAGUUGUGUUGGGAACACGUCCAAGUGGCUUUUGACAAUAUUCUCCAGGAGGAGCCUCUCGGUGAGGCGCCAAUGCAGUCGGUUUGCUUUGGCAGGCCCUGCAGUCCUUGGGAUGAUGUCCGCGAGUUUUACAACUUCUGGAGCUCCUGGAGCACACGUCGACCCUUUCCUGAAGCCAGCGCCUUUCCUGCAGAGGAGCUAGCCUCAGCACCCAACCGCGCAGCACGGCGAUGCAUGGAGCAAGAGAAUGAAAAGAGACGGAAGGUGCAACGCGCCAAGUUUAAUGCCGAGGUCCGUGAAGCUGUGGCCUUCUUGAAAGAUUUAGACCCUCGCGUGCAGGCACGUGCCCAGGCCUGUGCGGAAGAGGCGCGGAGCCGCGAGGCCCUCCGGGAAGCUGAGGAGGAUCGGCGGCACGCAGAGCGCCAGGAGCGGCGGCGUGCCGCGCGCGAACAUGAGCUGCAGCGCUGGGCCGAGGAGGAAGGUGCAAAGCCACAAGCUACAAAAGCCGCGUCUGCCCCGCCAACUCCAUCCUAUCCAAUGCCAUCCUCGCCGUGGAUUUGCGUCGUUUGUGAUUUGAAGGGCUUCCAGUCGCGACAAGCCUACGACGAUCAUCUGGCCACAAAGCGACAUAAGCGGAACGCGCGCAGCAGCCCGGAGAGUGUGCUUCAGACCAUGGACUCCACAGGAAUCUCUCCGUACAUGCUGCCUUCUGCAGACCGACCAAGCUUGGAGCACCUUCCAGGUCUACAGCUUCCAGCACCUCUCUCCGUCUGCAACGCUACCCAUAGCAGCCCAGAUGCGGAAGCAGAGGCUCAACCCGAUACCACCGGCUGCAUCUUCGCCUUGGGCAAGGAGCACUGGAGCAGUGUUUUCGAAAAUUUGACAAGUCGCGAUGCUGUUGCCUCCUUCGGCGCCAUCUUGUCAGCGAGGCUGGUCAUGCAGCAGCGAUGGUCUCGGGCAGGGACAGCUGUGGCUGAUCCUGCAACCUCAUUGGCCCACUUUGUGCUUUUUGCGCAAGCUGUGGCCGCAGAGUUUUCCUGCUCGCAGUUAGCCGUGGCCGCCGGGGCAAGCAUGCAGGUGUUGUGGAGCAGUGGAGCAGACCCAGGCCAGGUCCCUGAGGCAGAGCCUGAGGCGCAAAUGUUUUGCUCCUUGCCGUUAGAAAGUCCACCAAGCUCCCUGACCGUCGAACACGGCUUGAUCGCCGUGAACUCCAUGACGUCAGAGAUCCGCCUCAUAGAGGCCACCCCGGCAUCCUUCCGGCGGCUUCCCACCUUGCGGCGUCCGCGCCGAAGCCCGGCAGAGCUCCUGGCUCUGUGCCCGCAGGCAGACAGUGGGCUUCUGGCGGUGGCUGAGGCAGAUGGACUGGUCCGCCUGGAGGACGUCACCGAGGCAGAGGCUUCCUGCCCGGAGCUUGCCCGAGACUCUCUUCCGGGAUCCUGCACGGGUCUCUUUUGGCUGCGGCAGACGCCUGCUCUUUGCAGCUGUUGGGGUGGCGGUGCGGCUUUGUAUGAUCCGACAAGGCCGCUGACCGUUCUGUCUUCCGUGCAAAACUCUGGGCUACUGCGCGGCCUGAGGUGGUCGAAUUCAGCACUCUUGGCCUCUGCUGAAGGAGGAAAUAUUCGGCUUUGGGACUUUCGGAGUGCUGAAGCCAGGCCGCUUUGGAGCAGCGAGAAUGUGACCUUGACAGCCUUGGAUUUGGAUCCAGACGGGUACCACUUGACCAUGACCUUGCUGACUGCUGAAGGUCUAGCAAUACAAGGGGUCGACCUUCGCCGACCCAAAACUCUUUACAAGCCACUUCUUUUUCAAGAUCUUUGGCAGCAUUGCUCUCCACCAGGUGUUUCAAACAUCCAGGACUUUUGGGCAAGCAGCCUAUCCGUGGGCGUACUUGGCGAAGCUUGUGCAGUUUUCAGUGACGCCAGGAACGGCCUCGAUUAUGUGGCCUGCUUUGCAGGAGGCCCGAGCACAUCACCGCUGUUAAUGCGGGCUAGCAGCUUGAAUAUCACAGCCUUGCAGUGUGCAAGCGGUCAGUGCGCCAGCCUGGUUGGGAUUUGCGAGCCCAGCAGGGGAUGGGCAGAACUACGGUGGGUCUCCCGGACGUCCUCCGAUCCGGAACGCACCCUGCGCAAGGUUAAGCCGAAGAAGUUCUUCCGCCAGCGUGAUGCAGGCGAGAACGACUUUCGGGAUCGUGGUGUGGGUAGGCGAGGAAGGCGUUAA